AAUUUUUGUAUCUCGUGAUGUCACAUUUUAUGAGCAUAUUUUUCCUUUUGCUUCUCCCCAUCUUACUGCUCCCUCUCCCCUUUCCACUACUCCCACUGAUCUUUCUACCAUCAUUUCUUUUGACACACCCCUUCACUUACACACUAGUACCUCUUCCCCUCCACCUACUGUUGACAUCAUUCCCCAACCAUCACCCACCCUUACCCCUUCACCAGCAGACCCUCCCACAACAGAUCUACAACCAGCACAACCACAGCCACGCAGAUCCACUAGACAAAGUCGUCCUCCAUCAUACCUAUCCAAUUAUCACCAUAAUCUCAAAACCACUGCCAAUGCUUGCCACUUCAAUCCUGAAACAGACUGUAAGUAUCCCUUACAAUCUGUGCUCUCCUAUUCUGACUUAUCACCCACAUAUAUACAUUUUGCCUUAGCCAUCAUGCAAAUUAAGGAACCUAAAACUUAUAAGGAAGCCAUCAACAAUCCAGAAUGGGUUAAGGCUGUACUCCUAGAACUUAAAGCUCUUAUAGAUACCAAAACCUGGAAACUAGUCGACUUACCUCCUGGUAAGAUCCCAAUUGGCUGCAAAUGGGUAUUUAAAGUUAAAUACAAGUCUGAUGGAUCCAUAGAACGUUUUAAAGCUAGGUUAGUUGCCAAAGGUUAUACUCAAACCUAUGGCAUAGACUAUUUUGAUACAUUCAGUCCUGUAGCUAAGAUAACUACAAUAAGGGUUUUGCUUAGUUUAGCUGCUGUCAACAACUGGUACCUUCACCAAUUAGAUGUUAACACAGCUUUCCUACAUGGUGACCUCGAUGAAGAGGUUUACAUGGUUCUCCCCCCUGGACUCUCUACUGACCCUGCUGAUGCAAACAAGGUUUGCAAAUUAACUAAGAGUCUAUAUGGCCUGAAACAAGCCAGUAGACAGUGGUUUCUCAAGCUGACAUCAACUCUGAUUUCACUUGGUUACACACAGUCUAAGUCUGACCAUUCUUUGUUUAUUAAAAACAAAUCUGCUUCCUACACUGCUUUACUUGUUUACGUGGAUGACAUUGUCUUAACUGGAAAUGAUAUGUCUGAGAUUAAUAGAGUCAAAGAGCAUUUGGACAAAACUUUCACCAUAAAAGACCUAGGACAGCUUAAAUACUUUCUUGGAAUGGAAAUAGCUAGAUCUUCUGCAGGUAUACAUAUGAACCAGAGAAAAUAUGCUCUGGAAUUGCUGGAAGAUCAGGGUAUGCUCGCCUCCAAACCAGCCAAAUCUCCUCUCGAUCCAGGUCUUCAACUAUCCAACACAGCAGGUGCUCUUCUUCCUGAGGAUGAAGCCACCAGCUACAGAACUCUUGUUGGACGUUUGCAGUAUCUCUGCAACACUCGUCCGGACUUGCAAUUCGCUGUGAAUUACCUGGCACAAUUUGUCUCCAGCCCACGCACACCACAUCAGCAAGCAAUCCCCCAAGUUCUUCGUUAUAUAAAGGCAGCACCAGCUCAAGGAAUUCUCUUCUCUGCCGAGUCAUCCUUGGAUCUCCAUGCCUAUACUGAUGCUGACUGGGCAGGGUGUCUUGACACCAGAAGAUCAACAUCAGGCUAUUGUGUUUUCCUCGGCAAAUCUCUGGUUUCCUGGGCUGCUCAGAAGCAGCAAGUGGUUUCACGCUCCUCAGCUGAAGCUGAGUACCGAGCCCUGGCAGACACGACUUGUGAACUGCAAUGGUUGUCUUCCAUGCUCACAGAACUCCACCAGACUAUUCAGUUCCCAUUGCAGGUUCAUUGUGAUAGCAAAUCUGCUAUUCACAUGGCGUCCAAUCCUGUCCAACACAAGCGCACAAAGCACAUAGAACUGGACUGCCACCUUGUCCGUGAUCAAGUACAGAGAGGGUUCCUCCAUGUCACAUACAUCCCAACAGCACAGCAACUUGCCGACCCAUUCACCAAAGCUGUUGGAGUCUCCACCUUUCAGGAGCUUAUAACCAAGCUGCCCAUUCACUCUAUAAAUGGUCAGCUUGCGGGGGGGUGUUGAGGGAAACGGUAACGUUUCCGUGUAGAUAGGUUAGAUAGGUUAUUGGUUCAUGGUUGAACCGGUCAGGUAGGUUAGGAGUUAACCAGUGUAUAGAUUAGUUGAGUUGUAAGAGUCAUAUAUAAAGGGAAAGAAUCCCUACUGUACAAACACGAUUUCCAGAUUUAUUGAUUCAAUCUGUUGAGAAUUUGACAUACAGCCCGAAAACAGGAAAAUAGAAACGCAAAAGAAGCGGAGAAACUUGAAUAUACGAAAGCGGUGAGAACGAACUGGGAAACUGCCUCCGUUGUACAGAGUCUUGAUUGGUUAACCAGCAUAUAUGUGGACGCCGAUGGCGAUGAGGAAGAUGGUUAUUAGGCCGAAGUAGAUGAUGGCGUGGACACAAAUGGAAGCGCCGCUGGUCUGCAUGUUGCCGAACUCCACCACUCUGUUCCUCCCAGGGAUCUGAAUCAGCAGGCCUGGAGUCAGCAGCACGAACAGCACCACCGCCACUAUCACUGGGCCCCAGUCCGCCAUAUAUAGAUUCGAAUAGCCUUUCCUUUCCGCUUCGAUUUGGGGUAGAGGGAUGAUUUUCUAGAGGAGAAAGAAGAGCCUACGGUUGGUAAAAGAGAAUCAGAUCUGGUGUAAAGGUUGGGGGCAACUGAAGAAAAGUGAAGUGUGGGGUUUAACGGAACAAGGAAGAAAACUAGAAAAGGGUCAGAAUUAAGAAGUGGGAAAAUG